UGAGGAGAUCAUAAAUCUUUAUUAUUAUACGAUCUCCCAGAAAUUCAAAAGAAAAGGAAUUAUGGGUUUAAAUUCCUUAAAUCUAACCUUUUUCUUUCUUGCUUUCUUUUUCCUUCCAUCUGGGUUUGGCUCUUCCUCCCACAUUUCAAAAGCAGCCUUGGAAGGUCAUGAAACUAUUGGGCGUAUCCUCCUCCAGGCCAAAAAGGAAUGCGACGAAGACUUCCAGCACAAGAACUACACGAUCCUGACAACAAUGUGCAAAGGACCCCAAUAUCCACGCGAAGGGUGUUGCAAUGCACUGAGCGAUUUCGCUUGCCCCUUUGUGGACAAGGUGAACGACCAAGGCACCAACUGUGCUCCCACCAUGUUCAGUUACAUAAACCUGUACGGGAAAUACCCGCCGGGAUUGUUCGCCAAUUUGUGCACCAAAGACAAAGAAGGUCUCUUAUGCUCCGAAGUCCCCAAAUCCAGCGCUGCGCCUCCCUUUCUUCAUCCUGCACUGCUCAUCCUCGUCUCUGCUUUUCUUCUCACCUUGUCUCACUUGCCAUGAAUUAUUUCAAAAACUAACGUGGAUAUUAAUCCAUAUUGUUUAUCGUUGUUUUUCCUUUUAAAAAAUUGUAUAAACUGAGUUUUAAUAUCUUUAUAAGUUAAACAAA